GAGCAAAUCCGAAAUGGCGCAACGAUUUUUAUUUUCAUUCAACUUUGCAGCAAAGGCCUCCUUUUAUCCGGAGCCAAACCCUACGUAAAAAACACUAUAGACACCCCUUUCUCUCCCGAUUCAAAAUCAAAGAGCCUCGCUCUCGCUGGCGAACACUCUGAUCAGAUAGAGAUAGAAAGAAUCCUACAAGAUGCUUGGUGUUAUAAGAAGAAGAGUCGCUAGUGGAGGCUCGUCUUCUUCUUCUUCUUCGAUCUUGAAGCAGUCAUUGCAAACUAUUCGACCUGUGUCUUCGUCUACCUCCAGAGUCUCCGAGGAGAUUUUAAUUCAUCCCAGAGGAUUUGGACAUGUUCGGAAAUUCAGUUGCCUUGCUCCUCUACGAGGUAGGGCAAUCAGUUCAAGAACCAUGAGAGAAGGUGUUUCCAACAUGGAGCUCACAGCUAGCAAGCUAAUCUUGAGCAGGCCAUUUUCUUCAGACAGUGGGGAUUUGGUUGAUGCCGUUGUUCCUUUUAUGGGUGAAUCCAUCACUGAUGGCACUCUGGCAAAAUUCUUAAAGAAUCCUGGUGAUAGAGUAGAAGUUGAUGAGUCAAUUGCUCAAAUUGAGACAGAUAAGGUGACAAUUGAUGUUGCUAGUCCUGAAGCAGGUGUGAUAAAAGAGCAUAUAGCCAAGGAAGGGGAUACUGUAGAACCGGGUACCAAGAUUGCUGUUAUUUCAAAGUCCGGUGAAGGUGUAGCUCAUGCUGCUCCCUCUGAGAAUACAUCAAAGAAAGCUGCUCCUAAGCAAUCUGCUCCUGAAAUGAAUGAUGAAGAAAAGAGAAAGCCUAAGGUUGAAGCUAGUCCUGUCCCAGUAAAGCCUAAAACUCCAGCACCACCACCUCCUAAACGCUCUGCUACAGAACCCCAGCUUCCUCCCAAGGAAAAGGAAAGAAGAGUUCCUAUGACAAGGCUUCGAAAAAGGGUUGCAACCCGAUUGAAGGACUCUCAGAACACGUUUGCUAUGUUGACAACAUUCAAUGAAGUUGAUAUGACUAAUUUGAUGAAACUUCGCUCUGAAUACAAAGAUGCUUUUGUUGAGAAACAUGGAGUGAAAUUGGGCCUUAUGUCAGGAUUUAUAAAGGCUGCUGUCAGCGGUCUCCAGAAUCAGCCUAUUAUAAAUGCAGUUAUUGAUGGGGAUGAUAUCAUAUACAGAGACUAUAUAGACAUUAGCAUAGCUGUUGGCACUCCAAAGGGCCUGGUAGUUCCGGUUAUCCGUAAUGCUGAAAAGAUGAACUUUGCUGAGAUAGAGAAGGAAAUCAACACUCUUGCAAAGAAAGCAAAUGAUGGAACUAUUUCAAUUGAUGAAAUGGCUGGAGGUUCAUUUACAAUAUCCAAUGGAGGUGUUUAUGGAAGCCUUUUGAGUACACCCAUUAUCAACCCCCCUCAGUCGGCUAUUUUGGGCAUGCACUCGAUUGUGAGUCGCCCAAUGGUUGUUGGAGGCACUGUUGUUCCGAGGCCAAUGAUGUACAUUGCUCUGACAUACGACCAUAGGCUGAUUGAUGGUAGAGAGGCAGUUUUUUUCUUGCGUCGAAUCAAAGAUGUUGUGGAGGAUCCUCGCAGGCUGCUUCUGGAUGUAUAAAAAUGGCAUUAAAUUUAACGAGUUUUCUGCCGCACUGCCAUUGAACAUGCUUUAUUUGACAUGAAUAAAUACUUUGAGAUUGAAAUUUUGCUGGUUUGGAUUGUUAAUUCACCCCAUGAGUUUCACUUGCGGCUUGCCAUAAUUUAAUCUAAAAUGAGGGACAGUCUACAUGUUCUUUAUAAAA